UGCCGUAGUUGUCAGUGCGGACUUUCCUCGGGACGAAUGAAAGAAGAUGAUGUUUGUGUUGGUGUGGUAGCAUUAAGGCAUCCUUAAAAAAUGUCUCUUAAUGGAGGGGGAAGCAGGGGGUUUUACUUCAACACCGUCUUGUCGCUGGCCCGGUCGUUGGCAGCUCACCUGCAGCCGCCUAUAGACAAGGUCCAGAAGCUACAAUGCAUGUGCCCCGUGGACUUCAGAGGAGUCUUCCAGCUGGACGAGAGGAGGAGAGAUGCUGUCAUUGCACUGGGCAUCUUUCUAGUAGAGUCAAACCUGCAGCACAAAGAUGCUAUCGUCCCCUACCUUAUCGGGUUGCUUAAAGGGCUUCCUAAAGUUCAGUGGAUUGAAGAAAGCUCUGAACGCAAAGGAAGGGAGAACCUUCCUGUCGCAGAGAACUUCAGCUUUUGUCUUGUAACACUACUCUCAGACGUUGCCCAACGUGAUGAGGCCCUACGAGGACAGAUCCUGGAGGCGGUCAUGGACAUCAUGCAAGUCCUGCAAGAUAUCUGCAAGAAUCCAGAGGCUCAUGACAAAGAAUACCUCUGUAGGUACACUGUGCCCACCCUGCUCGGUGUUGCCCGUGCAUUUGGCCGAUACAGCAACACUGACGAGCCCUUACUGUCCAAGCUGUUCCCUCGACCGGUUGCUCCUGUGCUGCCUACGGCCGACGAAACUGACGUGCUGCACCGACGGUCCUUCAAUGACUUCCGUUCCAUCCUGCCCAGCUCUUUGCUCACGGUGUGUCAGGGAGACACACUGAAACGUAAAGCCUCCUCUCUGUCCAGCGUGUCACAACAGGCCAGUCCAGAGAGAGCCUGUCUGACCCCCAGCUCACCUGCUGAUCCCUCUGCUCAGUACUUCGAAGGUUCCUACCUGCCCGAUGGCAGUGCAGUGGACCCUGAUUACUACUUCUCCACCAUCAGCUCCAGCUUCUCUGUCUCACCUCUUUUCACUGGAAGCAGCUCUGGAGAGUUUCAUGUCCCUAUGGAUAUGCUCAGACAGCUCCUUAGCAUGGUUGAACUAUUUGUCUCUGAGUCAUUUUUGAAAUCACUGGAUUUGUCCUUGGCAGAACUUCGAGAGUUGAAUCCUGGUCUUCAUCUGUACUACAAAACCUUCAGUGAUCCUUUAUAUGUAGCCAUAUUUAAAAUGCUCAGAGACACCCUGUAUAAUCUAAAAGACCUUCAGACAGACUACGUGAAGGAGGUCCACGACUUUGUGCUGGAGCAGUUCAGCAGCAGCCAGUCGGAGCUGCAGAGGAUCCUGCACGAUGUCGAGUACCUCCAGAGUGAACUGAGCCCGCUGAAACUGCGUUGUCAGGCCAACGCUGCCUGUGUCGACCUCAUGGUUUGGGCUGUUACUGAAGAGCAGGGAGCUGAGAACCUUUGCACCAAACUGUCAGAGAAGCUACAGUCCAAGACGUCAAGUAAAGUCAUCAUCGCUCACAUGCCCCUCCUCAUUUGCUGCUUACAGGGUUUGGGUCGUCUGUGUGAGCGCUUUCCUGUGGUGGCUCACUCUGUCACCAUGUCCCUGAGAGACUUCUUGGUUGUACCCUCUCCUGUUUUGGUGAAGCUGCACAAAUACCACAGCCAGUAUGGUUCAGGUGGUGGUGAGAUAAAGAUCCAUGUGACCAAUGAACACUCCCAGUCAACCCUCAGUACCAAUUCCAGCAAGAAGAGCCAGCCCUCCAUGUACGAACAGCUGCGGGACAUCUCCAUAGAUAACAUCUGCAGGUGUCUGAAAGCCGGUCUGACUAUGGAUAACGUCAUUGUAGAAGCUUUUCUCGCCAGUCUGUCCAACCGUCUUUACAUCUAUCAGGAAAAUGAUAAGGAUGCUCACUUGAUCCCAGACCACACCAUCAGGGCUUUGGGUCACAUUGCCGUGGCCUUACGGGACACCCCCAGAGUAAUGGAGCCCAUCCUUCAGAUCCUCCAGCAGAAGUUCUGUCAGCCUCCCUCCCAGCUUGAUGUCCUCAUCAUAGACCAGCUUGGCUGCAUGGUCAUCACCGGGAAUCAAUACAUCUACCAGGAAGUGUGGAAUUUGUUCCAGCAGAUCAGUGUCAAAGCCAGCUCCAUGGUCUAUUCUACCAAGGACUACAAGGACCAUGGAUACAGACACUGUUCCUUGGCUGUGAUAAAUGCUCUGGGUAAUAUAGCAGCCAACCUUCAGGCUGAGCAUAUGGUCGACGAGCUGCUGGUCAACCUGCUGGAGCUUUUUGUCCAGCUGGGCUUAGAGGGGAAGAGAGCCAGCGAGAGAGCCUCAGACAAAGGCCCGACUCUGAAGGCAUCAAGCAGUGCUGGAAACCUCGGCGUCCUAAUUCCAGUUAUUGCAGUGCUGACUAAGAGGUUGCCACCAAUUAAGGAAGCAAAACCUCGUCUGCAGAAGCUCUUCAGGGACUUUUGGCUCUACUCUGUUGUCAUGGGAUUUGCUGUGGAGGGCUCAGGUCUGUGGCCAGAAGAAUGGUACGAGGGAGUUUGUGAGAUUGCGACCAAAUCGCCGCUGCUCACAUUUCCCAGUGGGGAACCUUUACGCUCAGAGCUGCAGUACAACUCUGCACUGAAGAAUGACACUGUCACUCCGGCUGAGCUGAAUGAUCUGCGUAGCACCAUCAUCAACCUGCUGGAUCCUCCUCCUGAGGUGGCUGCUCUCAUCAACAAAUUGGACUUUGCCAUGUCCACAUACUUGCUGUCUGUUUACAGAUUGGAAUACAUGAGGAUGCUGUGUGCGCUGGACUCUGACCGCUUUCAGGUCAUGUUUCGAUACUUUGAAGAUAGAGCGAUACAGAAAGAUAAAUCUGGCAUGAUGCAGUGUGUGAUUGCUGUGAGCGACAAGGUUUUUGAGAUCUUCCUGCAAAUGAUGGCUGAAAAAGCAAAAACCAAAGCCCAUGAGGAGGAACUCGAACGCCACGCUCAGUUCCUCUUGGUCAACUUCAACCACAUUCACAAGAGGAUCCGCAGAGUGGCUGACAAAUAUUUGUCUGGCCUGGCUGAAACUUUCCCCCACUUGUUGUGGAGCGGCCGUGUGCUGAGGACCAUGUUAGACAUCCUGCAGACGCUUUCCCUCUCACUCAGUGCAGACAUUCAUAAAGACCAACCUUAUUACGACAUCCCAGACACUCCAUACAGAAUCACUGUCCCAGAUACAUAUGAAGCCAGAGAGAGCAUAGUGAAGGAUUUUGCUGCACGAUGUGGGGAGAUCCUUAAAGAGGCUAUGAAGUGGGCGCCGUCUGUGACCAAAUCACACCUCCAGGAGUAUCUAAACAAACACCAGAACUGGGUGUCGGGUUUGUCCCAGCACACAGGACUGGCCAUGGCCACAGAAAGCAUCCUACACUUUGCCGGUUACAACAGACAGAGCACCACACUGGGGUCCACUCAGCUGACUGAGAGGCCAGCCUGUGUGAAGAAGGACUACUCUAACUUCAUGGCCUCCCUCAACCUCAGGAACAGAUACGCUGGAGAGGUAUCUGGCAUGAUCCACUUUGCACAGGCAGUUCGAGGACAGCCCGAUCUGGGCCGGAUGAUGAUUAAGCAGAUGGGAGAGGCUUUGGACUCUGCACAGCCCGAGGUUUUCACUGAGGCCAUGUUCAAACUGGCAGCCUUGCUCAUCAGCACUAAAGACUGCGAUCCUCAGCUCCUGCACCACCUCUGCUGGUCGCCCCUCAAGAUGUUUACAGCGCACGGCAUGGAAACGGCUAUCGCUUGCUGGGAGUGGCUGCUGGCAGCACGUGUUGGGAUGGAAGUGCCGUUUAUGCGAGAGAUGGCGGGAGCGUGGCAGAUGACCGUGGAGCUGAAGAUGGGCUUGUUCUCCGACGCUCAGGUGGAGGCAGAUCCUCUGGCUGCAUCAGAGGAAAGUCAGCCUAUCCCCUGCCCUCCAGAUGUUACCCCUCACCACAUAUGGAUCGAGUUUCUAGUCCAGAGGUUUGAGAUUGCUAAGUAUUCCAGCGCAGAUCAAGUGGAGAUCUUUGGCAGUUUGCUGCAACGCUCGAUGUCCCUCAAUGUCGGCGGGGCUAAGAGUAGCCUCAACCGCCACGUAGCUGCCAUUGGACCGCGUUUCAGGCUGCUGACUCUGGGUCUGGCUCUGCUUCACUCUGACGUCCUCACAAAUGCAACUGUAAGAAAUGUGCUCCGAGAGAAGAUCUAUUCUACAGCCUUUGAUUACUUCAGUGUGGCUCCAAAGUUCCCAACCCAAGGUGACAAGCAUCUCCGCGAGGACAUCAGCAUCAUCAUACGUUUCUACGCCAGCAUCCUGUCUGACAAGAAGUACCUAGCAGCGUGCCACUUGGUCCCACCUGGUGAGCUUGGUACUACCCCAGCCCCGAGCACACUCUCUGCUGGGAUAUUUGGAUCGCUUAUCGUGUCCAGCACUUCUCCGUUAUCUAUCUUAAAUAAUCAGGACCCGUCCUUGAACAGCCUGUCAGUGAUGAACGCUGCCGACCUCAGGAGCAACAUAGACUCCAGCUCUCGCUCCCAGCAGAGCGGCCAGGGAUGGAUCAACACCUACCCACUGUCCAGUGGAAUGUCCACCGCAUCCAAGAAAUCAGGCUUGUCGAAGAAGAGCAACAGGGGGACGCAGCUUCACAAAUACUACAUGAAACGCAGGACUCUGCUGCUGGCCUUACUGGCCAGCGAGAUCGAACGGUUGACGACGUGGUACAACCCCCUUUCCACUCAGGAACUGGCCAUCGCCACGGAGCAGUCAGUGGAGACCAGCAUCGCCAACUGGAGGUCCAAAUACAUCAGUCUGACUGAGAAACAGUGGAAGGAUAAUGUCAACCUAGCCUGGGGUAUUGCGCCCUACCUGGCUAUGCAGCUACCAACUAGGUUUAAGAAUGACGCCAUUGUUGCUGAAGUUACCCGGCUGGUGAGAUUGGACCCCGGAGCUGUCAGCGAUGUGCCUGAGGCUGUCAAGUUCCUGGUGACGUGGCACACUAUUGAUGCUGACUCUCCUGAGCUGAGCCAUAUCCUGUGUUGGGCUCCAGCAGACCCGCCCACUGGUCUAUCCUACUUCAGCAGCAUGUACCCUCCUCAUCCUCUCACCGCUCAAUACGGGGUUAAAGUGCUUCGCUCUUUUCCUCCAGAUGCCAUCUUGUUCUACAUUCCUCAGAUUGUUCAGGCUCUCCGGUAUGAUAAGAUGGGCUAUGUGAGAGAGUACAUUCUGUGGGCGGCCCAGAAGUCUCAGCUUCUCGCCCACCAGUUCAUCUGGAACAUGAAGACCAACAUCUUCAUGGAUGAAGAGGGACACCACAAAGAUCCCGACAUCGGGGAGCUGUUGGAGCAGAUGGUAGAGGAGAUCACAGGUUCUCUGUUGGGUCCGGCCAAAGACUUCUACCAGAGAGAGUUUGACUUCUUCAACAAGAUCACCAACGUGUCCGCCAUUCUCAAGCCGGUUCCAAAGGGUGAGGAGAGGAAAAGGGCCUGUCUCAAGGCUCUGUCGGAUAUCAAAGUCCAGCCAGGCUGUUACCUACCAAGUAACCCUGAAGCCAUCGUUCUGGACAUCGACUACAAAUCUGGAACACCUAUGCAGAGUGCUGCCAAGGCUCCCUAUCUGGCCAAGUUCAAGGUGAAGCGCUGUGGGGUGAGUGAGCUGGAGAGGGAGGGUCUCCGCUGCCUCUCGGACUCUCUGGAGGACGGAGAAGAGAAUCCAGAUGAAUCACACAGGAUUUGUUGGCAGGCUGCCAUCUUUAAAGUGGGAGAUGACUGCAGACAGGAUAUGCUCGCUCUGCAGAUCAUCGGGCUCUUUAAGAAUAUUUUCCAGCUGGUGGGCCUGGAUCUGUUCGUGUUCCCCUACAGAGUGGUGGCCACUGCACCAGGGUGUGGCGUGAUCGAGUGCAUCCCUGACUGCAAGUCUCGAGACCAACUCGGCAGACAGACGGACUUCGGGAUGUACGAUUACUUCCGUAAUCAGUACGGUGAUGAAUCCACCCUCGCCUUCCAGAAGGCUCGGUAUAACUUCAUCCGCAGCAUGGCUGCCUACAGCCUCCUGCUGUUCCUGCUGCAGAUCAAAGACAGACACAACGGCAACAUCAUGCUGGACAGCAAGGGCCACCUCAUCCACAUAGACUUUGGCUUCAUGUUCGAGAGCUCUCCUGGCGGCAACCUGGGCUGGGAGCCGGACAUCAAGCUGACAGACGAGAUGGUGAUGAUCAUGGGGGGCAAGAUGGAGGCCACGCCUUUCAAGUGGUUCAUGGAGAUGUGUGUCAGAGGGUAUCUGGCUGUACGACCCUACAUGGAUGCAGUGGUUUCUCUAGUGACCCUCAUGCUGGACACUGGACUGCCGUGCUUCAGAGGACAAACCAUUAAACUUCUCAAAGGACGGUUUAAUCCCCAAAUGAGUGAGAAAGAAGCAGCGGCGUUCAUCAUCAAAGUCAUCCAAAGCUGUUUCCUCAGUAGCAGGAGCAAAACGUACGACAUGCUGCAGUAUUACCAGAACCAAAUUCCUUACUGAAGGACUUCUGCCAGACCUCCACUGUACGUCCAACACACAAACGUCUCUACACAAGCAAUGCAAACCUUCUUUUGGAUGAUUUUAAAUAUGGUCGUGGAUGCACCAGCCGGGUCUGUGCUCCUUUUUAGAGAGACAACAACAUGGCACUUUGAUCCUAGCACACUGUAAGUUGUCAGUUUUAUAAUGUACAUCUGAGUUAUAAAGUAGUUCUUUAUUUAACUUGAGCGUAAAGAACAAUGUACGACUUUUACCAAAAGAGGUAUUUGAAUCACCCUUUAAGUAUUUUUUAGUAUUUGUUACUCAGCAAACACUAACCAAACCGUCACACUAGAGGAAGUUGGCCAUGAAGGGAGCCAUAUUUAUAGUGUUUGUCCAAGCAGCUGUUAUCAUUGUUGUUAUCAUUUUGUUGUACUAUGCUGUUAUCCACUUUUAUGCACUUUAUAUAUCACAAUAUUUCAUUGGCUUCACCUGCCUAUGAUCAACACAGAUGAGACAUCAGAGAUUACUACAAUCUGCAUUUUAAUCAGCUGAUCAGUACAAUUUGCAGUAUUUUUGAUUUAGCAGAACAAAUAGACAAAUAGAUCAAAAAUCAAUGCAGGAAUCAAUCAACGGUAGUCUUUUAGAAAUGUAAAAGGUAUUUAGAGAAUCACACGUUAUCAUGCUGUAGUAUUUACUGUAGAAUAUUUAACUGUAGAGUCGCAUCAAGAUCGCAAGAGUUUCUCUGUGAUUUACAUGUGACAUUUAUAUGUGACGAACAUAUUUAUCACAAGAUUUUAAAAACUUAACUGUAAUAAGUAAUGUCACACCUCUUCACGUCAGCUGUUAGCUUAAAUUGGUUAUUUAGAGAUAUUUUUCCACUACGGGAGCUUGAACGUGUAAGGCUUUGUUGCUCAGUUCUGCCUUUUGUUUACACUGUGUUUUAAAAACCGAAUUGUUUUGGACACGUCAUUGAAAAGUCAACAUUUUUAUCAUAUGUUUUUUGGAGGCCAGUGCAGUUGUGUGACAGACAACAAUGGGAUGAGUGCAGCUGAUAUACUGUAGCCCCAGAUUAUAUCCCUCUCAUGUAUUACCAUUAUAUAUAAAUACAAAUAUAUCAAGCUGUGUAUACGUUGUUAUACAAAUACAUAGAUGUAACUACAUCCUUACAUUCGCACUCACACGUUCUCUAACUCCACUCCACUUUUUUAAAAUAUUCACAUAUACUGUUUAAUGUUUAUAAAUUGUUACUUCACUGUACAUUUGAUAAUAAAUAGCUGUAGUACUGACUGGUUAGAUGCUAACAUCAUUAGCUCUGUACCCGUACGCUGCAUAAUGACAAUAAAGUUUAAUCCGAUCUAAUAACAUUCAAGUCACAGAAUUAAGCAUGCUUUAAAAAAAACACAUAGCACUGUUCUUAAAAGUUAUUUAAAUAUGCUUACAAACUCUUCUAACCAUCUGGAUGAAAAAUAUUUGGUCUUUUUUUUUUUUUUACUUGUUUUUUAAGUGUUUUUAUCUUAUCCAAACAAAGAUGGUGACUGGAAAUGACAUGCCGUGUGUUGUUACUCAAUUUCUACACACAAAUUUAAAAUGUUAUUAUUAGUUAUGGUAUAUAUUGAUUUGUUUCCAGUGUUGAUAAUAUUUUCAUUAAAAAAUAACCCGUUCAUAGUUUUGCAUGUGUUUUACAAAAUGAGUCUGGAUGUUUGUCAUUUCUUAGCUCUGUGACUUGAAAUGUAAUGGUAACACAGGAGAGGCACAAACUGGGGGCUCACACCGCAGCAUUUAUAGCCUAAUACAUAGUUUUCACCUCUUUACACAAAACACUCAAAACAAACAAUGAUACAGUAAAAUGUCCAUAAAAUUCAUAAUAUUCUGAAUCAGAAUAUUGUCUGUAUAUAUUGAAACACGUGUCCUUGCAGUGCUGCUUUCACAGACCACUCCAUCUGUUUAGCUUUGCACUCCUGAGACAUUGUUGGACCAAAAAUAAAAAUAAAAAUCAGUGCAGCAGAACUAGAGAUAUCCUUCAGAAGAUGACCACAAUGCAACAGAGAUUAAGGUGUGUUAUGCUAGUAGCAGCUUAUGAAAAUCACCUCCUGAGCAGCUACAAAUAAAAGCAGAGCCUGUGAUGAUGGUUACGUGUUCGGUUCUUGUAGUGGAAAAGGCCACAUAGGAAAGAGUUGAUAUGGCACAAGUGGCGAACCAGGAGCUCUCUGGCUGCUCGACGUCACAGCAUGUAUGUCUCAAAUACAGAUCCUGAAAGUCCCUCACUUCUGCUUCUGACCUUAUUUAGGAACAAAUGUGUACGUCGAACGGCGAGAGACAACAAUUUUUUUGAUCCCAUUUGAAUUGGGCCCUGAAAUAAACACGAUGUUUGUCAAUGUAAAAGAUAAUUUUGUUGUAAAACAGUAAAGUAACAUUUAGUUUUACAUGUUAGCGCUGUAAUGUUAAGCUAACAAUAAGUGGAAGGAAAAGCCCCCAGAGGCCUAAUGGGCCCUCACUUUCUCACUCUGAAUUCUUCAAUGUAACUGUCAGUGAGACACAGAUUCCACUAAAGUUCAAAUAAACACAAGUUUAGUGAUAAUUUCAAGCAAAUAAAACAAAUAUACUUAUAUAUCCUGUCCUCUUGUGGGUCUUAACACCCACCUUGUCCACAUCCACACAUAAUCAAUAUUAAAACAAUAGUGUAUUCGACCCUAAAACACGUAAAAAGAAAAUAACACUGAAAUGUGACACUGAUCAAUAAGACGUCAUCUUGAUAUUAGCAAAACGUAUAUGCAUAAAACAUCAACACAUGCACUCCAGGUUUGUGUGCUGACAUGACAUUCACAGCCUUCAGAGUUGAGGUCCACUUGCAAAGGCCCUUUGUUAUCCAUGUGUCUAGUCUUGUAUUUUAUAAGGACUGAGUGCAGGUGCUAGCAACAAUUUGUUAAAAUCCAUAAAGGCCCCAUUGUCCCUCUGUCUGAUAUGCAGUUAAUUCUAAAUUAUGGCUUUCACCUGAGCCUCUGACGUGGCCUGCUAGCAACACUGUUUGAGCAACGAGGCUGAGCUGGAAGACAUAAUCAAAAAAUCUUAAACAUUAUCCUAGUAUUUAGUAGUUAUCCAGCUAGGCAAAUAACAUAUUCAGGCAUGACUAAAUAAAAAAAUGUUCAUUAAUUGCUUGCUUGCCCUAGCUAGGUAACUAAGCUAUGUUUCAGGCACAGAUGUUUCUCACCUGAUAUGUUAAAUCCAGCGACUCCUGGUCCUUUCAUCACAUCAUCUACACAUGUAAGCUCUUUGACGUUAGCUUCAGUAACGUUAGCUUCAGUAAUGGUAGCUUGAGUAAUGUUAGCUUCAGUAACGGUAGCUUCAGUAACGGUAGCUUCAGUAACGGUAGCUUCUGUAAUGUUAGCUUCUGUAAUGUCAUCUUCAGUAACGUUAGCUUCAGUAAUGGUAGCUUCAGUAACGUUAGCUUCUGUAAUGUUAGCUUCUGUAAUGUCAUCUUCAGUAACGUUAGCUUCAGUAAUGGUAGCUUCAGUAACGUUAGCUUGAGUAAUGUUAGCUUCAGUAACAGUAGCUUCAGUAACGUUAGCUUCAGUAUUGGUAGCUUGAGUAAUGUUAGCUUGAGUAAUUUUAGCUUCAGUAAUGUUAGCUUGAGUAACGUUAGCUUCAGUAAUGUUAACUUUAGUAACGGUAGCUUGAGUAACGUCAGCUUCAGUAACGGUAGCUUGAGUAACGGUAGCUUCAAUAAUGUUAGCUUCAGUAAUGUUAGCUUCAGUAACGUUAGCUUGAGUAAUGUUAGCUUCAGUAACGUUAGCUUUAGUAAUGUUAGCUUGAGUAAUGUUAUCUUCGGUGACGUUAUCUUCGGUGACGUUAGCUUCAGUCAUAGGGAGAAACAGUAAUGACAUCACAUAUGCAACUUUUGGGUUUGUGGUCUUUGUAAUUAUGUAUUUUCACAGUCUUACACUUCCACAGAUUUACGACAAACUGCAACUUUUUUGACAAACUUAUCUUUUAAAUUGGCAAACAUCACGUUUUUUAAUUCAGUGCUUAACUCAAAUGAGAUAAAAACAUUUCUUUCUUGUCUCUUGCCGUUGACUUCCGUACAUGGACCACCAGAAGGGGAGGGUCUUUGGCUCUCUGUAGAGACUGAGGUAUAUUUUUGUCCCGUCUAAUAAAGUGUGUCAGAGUACAGCUAGACGCCUGUUUACAGUAUGUGUAACCCUGUUUAGAAAUAUUCCUUGUUCAGUAUUUGCGUUAUAUUGAACCUCUUGGGUUUGGGUUUUGUUGGACGAUCUUGCUGAUGCAGAUGAUGAUGAUGAUGAUACUUAAGAAGCCAUUUCUCCUACUUUUGGUAGAAAAACAACUGUAGUAAUACUUGACAAAAAACCCUAACCUUAUGCAAUAUAUACUGAUGUAGUGUACUAUAGUAUACUGAUGCUGUAUUUGUGUGUUGUGUUCAACAAAUGAAGUUGCUAUAAUUCCUUCCAUCCCAAUCUUUGUGUGAGUGUUUUCUGCUGCAGCUAUGAUUUACUGUCUUUACAUAACUGAGUACACAGAAGUACACAGAAGUACUCGUUUAAUGGCUUAUAAACCUCUUGACUUAAAGCCAUUUUUAAUGUAGUGGAUUUUAUUUUUCUUAUUUUAAAUAAGUUAGUUAUCUCUUUUAUCUGUGAACCAGAAGUGUUGGUCAAACAUAUAUAUAUAUAUAUAUAUAUAUAUAUAUAUAUAUAUAUAUAUAUAUAUAUAUAUGUGUGUGUGAGUUUUUUUGUCUGUAUUUGAGACAGUUUGUGGCAACAUCAUUGCUGGUUCAGAUCAUGUCUGUUAUUCUGAUAAUGUUUGAAAACUGAUUAUUUCCAGAUUAAAUGUGUGUACAUUUCAUCAGC